CAGUUUCCGCCAUAAUCAUGGUUUAUCAGCGAACAAUCGCGAAUCAGAAGGUGCACUCAACUCACUACUUAUUGAGAGCCACACACACCAUUGCAGCGACACACUCACACACAAAGCAGACAAAGAAGAGGAAAUCACCUGAAGUUAAAAGACGAAGCAAAAAUGAUGCAAAAGUUUCCCUCUUUUAUGCACAGAAAUAUGCUGGUAACCACUCCCACAAGAGAGAUUAGUGUGUUUGUGGCGAGGUUGCUAGGCGACGCGUGUUGCAGCAGCAGGUGAAAAUGUCUGGCGGCGAGGCUGGGUGGUGAUCGCUGUGAACUUUACCGUUUCAGAGUGCAUAUUGCACCUAAAAUACACUAUAGUGAAUCCGAAGUUUAACUGACUUUACCAUCACUAGUGUUAUCUGCCGUGCCGCGAAGGUGUGAUACCCGUUAUCAAGGAAACCUAUCUAUUAUCCAGCAAAAUCCAAAUAACAGUGAUAUUACUUGAGAUGCACACAUAUAUUAAUGUUCCUUGACAUUAUGAGAUACUAAGUAAAUCGUAUGUACCAAGCUUCCCUCAAGGAACAUUGCACAGUAGCAAUUAAAAAAAUUAACGAAGGAAAAAUUCCUCUUCAUCGUCUCUAGAAAACCUGCUAAAGCGAGGUCCUAGCAUCACUCAACAUGUACGCGAAGGAGAAAACGAUUCCCCUCAAAUCCUCUGCCUCACUCAUGCCGAAUAACUUGUGUCGAGUCCGAGUGGAUGGCAAGAUGUACUCAGGAGUGGUACAUAAGCAGGAAUUGAACCUGGUGUGUAUUGCUAACCCAGAAGAAGAGCCGAGAGUUGUGGUAGCUAGGAUGGCUUCCUCGGCCCCUGCAGGCGUCACCAUAAUGCAGGCUGCGUGGGUGGAUAUUCACGGGCGUGCCUUCUUGAUCUUGGCCACUACAAAGGGCAUCUUGGUGUAUGACUGGGAUGGCUCAGUGCUCCGCCACGCCCACCUUCUACCGAUGCCACCUCCAGACUCGCCUUUUUCCUUCACUAAAGGCAUUGCUGCUCUCUACACGGGAUAUAUCUGUGCCGGGAUGCACACAGGAGAGGUGGUAAUGCUCCGCGUUUCCAAGAAUGGAAAUGUCACCAACACAGAAAUAGUGCGAUGGCACUCCCGUCCCAUCACCGCGUUGGCCUCGCAUGGGAAGAUGCUCGUGAGUGGGGACGAUGGGGGAACCCUUGUUGUGGCCCAAGAGGAAGGCACGCUCUCCAAGACUUGUUCAAUUGACACUUGCGAAUCUCCAGUGAUGUGUCUGGCUGUUUGGAGUGGACAGGUGCUGGCUGGUUUUCUGUCUGGUCACCUCAGAAUCUUCAACAUGCUGAAUGGACGAAUCCUUGCAGAGGUGUGCGCUCAUGCUCGCUGCAUUACCGGCCUGGACGUGGCGCGUGACUCUGGCAUGGUGGUGACUGCUGGUGAGGACUCCUACAUGCGUGUGUGGCAGCUCCAUCCUUCUCAUCCUGACCAUCCAAUCGAGCAUGUGCACUCAGCUAUAGAGGAGAAUGCCGCCCUAUGUGGUGUGGCCUUUACAGAUGACCUUGGUUCAGGAUAUGUAGUGGUCAGCUAUGACUCAAAGGAGCUUAUUUGCUAUGCCACCUGAACUGCAAUGAACCACUUCCACUUUCACCUCACUGAUGUGACUAGGGAUUCACAGUUUUGUCACGAAUUACUGUAAUAACUAUACGCUUAUGACCCAUGCUUCCGUGCCACAGUUAAUGGGUAUUCAAUGACAUAAUCUGUUAAUGAUUCUGUCAUCACACAAAAAGAUAGUAUAUGUUUUAUACCAGUCUACUUUUUGUUUUGUGCAUGUAGAUAUAGUACCUCUCUCUCUCUCUCUCUCUCUCUCUCUCUCUCUCUCUCUCUCUCUCUCUCUCUCUCUCUCUCUCUCUCUCUCCAUAAUACACAAGCACACUAUUCAAACAAGUAACUGCUUAUAAAACUUUAGUAUUAUUCUUACAUUAAGAAUAAAUUUAUGGUCACAAUUUCAAAAUCUGUAUCAAAAUAAUUAUAAAUAGACUAUGUAUAUACAACGAUUCACAACAUGUGCAGGAUGUGUCCUAACAUUUAUAAAAGAAAUCAGAUUGCAAAAUUAUUGCCUUGCAUUUUUUUUUUACAAAGUCUCUGCUGGCCAAUCAACGUUCACACAGCACAUCCUCCACCCCACCAACACCCUAAAGAACACAAUUAUAUGAAGAGUCUGGGCCCGGAAUGAACAAUAUUUGAAAUGAGUCUGAUGGAGCGUUGCCCAUUGCAUAUGCAACAGUGAAAGGUUUUCUUUCAGAACAUCACUGUGGGGAAUUUAUCAAAGACAUAAUGAUAAUAAUAAUAAUAAUUAUAAUAAUAACAAAAAAUAUAAUCAAUACAUGCAUAUAUUCGUUCAUACAUGUGAACAUCAGAAAUUACAGUAAAAAAAAAAAAUAAAUAAAUAAAUAACUGCAAACAUAUUCUGAAAAAAGUCACUGAAGUAAUAGUUGUAGUACCCUUGUGAGGGAAGCCAGGCAUGCUAUAAUACAAAAAUUUAUACACAACCCAAGAGAAAAUUAUAAACACAUUUAGAUGUUAAGUUUUGUAAAGUGCACGAUAACGACAACACAGAAGACACCACUGCACAGGAAACACCAACACACCCCUUACAUGACGGCAACACAUAUAUUACAUCACCAGUCAGAAUACACCGUUCAGCUGGACUACUUCAUUCAGCAACAUUUCUCCUCUGAGGUAGUUAAUAAUUUCAUGAACGGUUAAUAAUUUAAUAUGUAGUGACACCUUAAUUAUUAUUAUUAUUAUUUUUUUUUUUACGUGGAAGCCUGUACUGUACAGUAGGUGCCAGGAUGGAGGAAGAGAGAUGGCAGCAACAUUUCAAGGUUUAUUCCGAGACUGACGGGCACCAAGAAGCGAGUGAUGAAAAGAUAUACCUGAGUGAUUGACAGUGUCCCGGAAGUGACAGCGCGCGCACAGGUCGAGGGGGAGAGACCGUAAUUACUUCCUGGCAGAUCACGCCACGCACCACAAAAUUCUGAGUCACUGUUACUUUUAUGGAGUGUGUGUGUGUGUGUGUGUGUGUGUGUGUGUGUGUGUGUGUGUGUGUGUGUGU